CUGGAAAUUAAAGGUCGCUCUUCUCCCCACAGGGUCAUUGACUGGCGAACCUUGCAGUUCUUAGUUCUUACAAGUGUUGACUGAAACCGACCGUCUUGCAAAGAUGACUGGCAGGAAAUUCUUCGUUGGUGGAAACUGGAAGAUGAAUGGAGACAAGAAGAGUCUUGGCGAGCUGAUUGGCACGCUCAACGCUGCCAAACUGCACGCCGACACUGAUGUGGUGUGCGGAGCCCCAGCCAUCUAUCUGGACUUUGCCAGGUCAAAGUUGGACAAGAAGAUUGGCGUGGCCGCACAGAACUGCUACAAGGUUGCCAAGGGUGCCUUCACUGGGGAGAUCAGCCCUGCAAUGAUCCAUGACUGUGGAGUGGGGUGGGUGAUUCUGGGACACUCUGAGAGGCGCCAUGUCUUCCAUGAGAGCGAUGAGCUGAUUGGCCAGAAGGUGGCUCAUGCCCUGGAGAAUGGUCUCGGAGUGAUCGCCUGCAUUGGCGAGAAGCUGGAUGAGAGAGAGGCUGGCAUCACAGAGAAGGUUGUCUUUGAGCAGACAAAGCACAUCAAAGAUAAUGUCAAGGACUGGAGCAAGGUCGUCCUCGCAUACGAGCCAGUGUGGGCCAUCGGUACUGGCAAAACCGCCUCCCCACAGCAGGCUCAGGAGAUCCACGACAAACUGAGGCAGUGGAUGAAGACCAACGUCUCUGAAGCUGUCGCCAACUCCGUCAGGAUUAUCUAUGGAGGCUCAGUCACCGGGGCAACGUGUAAGGAACUUGCCUCUCAGAAGGACAUUGAUGGCUUCCUGGUUGGCGGAGCCGCUCUGAAGCCCGAGUUCGUUGACAUCAUCAACGCUAAGGCAUAAAGUGGAAACUUCAGUAGUGAUGUACAAUGACUACGGCCAACUCCAUCUUCUUUACCCAUGCACAGACAUCCCCAUUUUUUAAAAUCCCAUUAAGUGUCUUUCUGAUGUUGCAGCCCUUGAUGCCUUUCCAGUUGUUUUGUGUUUUGUAAUGUAAUUUAAAAGGGACAGAAGAUUGACUCGUGCACUGUAUUGCACUGUAUGUCGCAGUGUGGAGUUCAACUUUGACAAUGUUUGUAUUGUAACCACCACCGCUCCAGUGUUCAGAAACAGUAAAAACACCAUAGGGGCACUACAACCCUGCUGCCACUUACUUGAAAGUUUACAGGCGUUAAAUUUGUUAAAGCAGUGUCCGUCAAGAGGCCAAUCGACUCUGUCUUCUUAAGUUGUUCUUUUUUGUAAUUCCUUCAUUGUGACUGAUCCUCGUCUUCAUUUAUUUAGUGUGGGAUCUCUUCGCCGGGUAACUGCAUAGAGAUGUUCACGACCUGUCAAUCAUCAUGUAUUGUGGCCAAUGGUAGUAAGAGAAAUCCUAAGUGCACUAAACAAGAGUAACAGAUGAGUAGGUGAAUACAUCCUGACUGUAAUGAACAUGUUCAGCACUUAAGGUGGUUGAGAUGUGCUUUUUCCUUGAAAUAAAGGAACAGCAAUGGAGAA